AUGUAUUUGAAAAAUCUAUUCGUUUUUUUGUUUCUCAUGAUACAUUUUGUAUAUGGAAAUAGAAAACCGAUCACUUUUAAAAUAGAUAAGAAAGAAAUAGUUCAAGCUGUAAGAUCAGUAUUUACUAAGGAUUUUCUUCAACGAUUAGCUGUUACAAUUGCAGACAUAGCGGCAAAACGUUUUGUUGAAGUAGUAAUGGAAAAAAUGGAACAUAAUCGUUAUAUUGGAUUUGAAAGAGCGACGAAUGAAACAACAAACAAACAUAGCAAAGAUAUGAAUAUGAAGGGCAAACGCGGAUUACUGCAGCUGUUGAAGGAACCAUCACCGGAUGGAGACAACUUGGACUUGGCUACUGAAAUAAGCAAGGAACAGACUGAAGACGCUCAGAAACAGAUACCAGUAAUUGGCAUUAUGAAGAUCAACGGAGUUUAUUAUAGGCGAUUAUUAGGUCUAUUGUAA